AUGCUGCAUCUGCAUCGAUGCAUCGGUCGUCAAUCUCUGCGAGGCUUUUGCCCCCAAUUGGCGUAUCAAUACUCCAACACCACUCAAACUUUUAUCACUACACCCAUAUUCUACGUAAACGCCGCGCCUCAUAUUGGUCAUGUACAUUCGGCCGUGCUGGCGGAUGCGCUUUCUCGCUGGUACAAAGUCAAGAAGAAAAACGUGUUGUUUACAACGGGCACAGAUGAGCAUGGACUGAAGGUACAAGAGGCUGCUGAGAAGAGUGGGACGACAGAUUAUAAGGCCUUUUGUGACGACGUCUCGUCACGCUUUAACGAGGUUUUUAAGAACGCCAAUGUGGAUUACUCAAGUUUUAUCCGGACGAGCGAUGAAAAUCAUCAUUUUGCAGUGGCCACCUUUUGGAAAACGAUUCGAGACAAUGGAUACAUUUAUUUAGGCAAUCAUGAGUCGUGGUAUUGCAAGUCUGAUGAGAGUUUCUUGACAGACAUGCAAGUGGAGGACAAGACAGAUGUCGAUGGGACCGUGAUCAAGGUGUCCAAGGAGAGUGGACAUUUGGUCGAGAUGCUGUGUGAAGAGAACUAUAAGUUUCGACUUUCAGUUUUUCAGAAUCAGCUGCUGCAGUGGCUGGAUGAGAAUCCAGACGUAAUUGUGCCCAAGGCGAGGUACAAUGAGGUGCGGGCGGCUGUCACAGCAGGACUGCGAGACUUGUCAGUCUCAAGACUAAGCGACAAGAUCAAGUGGGCAAUCAAAGCUCCAGACGACGACAGGCACUGUGUUUAUGUGUGGCUAGAUGCGCUGACGAACUAUCUGACGAGUUCUGGAUACCCGGGCAAUAUCGAUCGGGCGUGGCCUGCCGACUACCACAUUGUAGGUAAAGAUAUCCUCAAGUUCCACGCUAUUUACUGGCCAGCAUUCCUCAUGGCCGCAGGACUCCCACUGCCGAAGAAAGUGGUGGCUCACGCACACUGGACGGUUGGAAACGUUAAAAUGUCAAAAAGUCUUGGUAAUGUGGUAGAUCCGCGUGAGAUGCUGUCCAAGUACGGAUCAGACUUCGUUCGGUUCUUUUUGCUGCGUGAGGGAGUGCUUACGAACGACGGAGACUUUAACGCUGACACGCUCGUGGAUCAGGUGAAUAGUGAACUUGCUGACACGCUUGGAAAUCUCGUUUCUCGCAGCACUGGAAAAUCGGUACUUGUAAAGGGCAUCAUGCCGAAACGUCCUCAGCUCGACCAUCUUACAGCCGAGGACAAAGAACUCGUGAUAAAGGGACAGGCUCUUGCUGGCAAGGUCGAGAAGCUCUUUGAUAUUCCUGAUUUCGCGCGAGGUUUAGAAGAAGUUGUGUUUUUUCUUCACGACGUCAAUCGGUAUUUCACCAUCAUGGAGCCCUGGGUUCUAUCGAAGACCCUAAAGAAGUCCGAAGACGUGACGUCAGACGAGUAUCAAGCGACACAAGCACGUUUGGACACUGUGCUGUAUCUUGCUAUUGAUGCAGCACGCGUAAGUGCAAUAUUGUUGCAGCCUGUCGUGCCAAUUGCUGCAACAAAGAUUUUGGACUAUCUCGCCGUGCCAGAAGACAAGCGCUCUUUGACUGAAGCAACUCUUCUCUGCAAUGACGACCAAGUAAUGGGUGAUGCACUUAACAAUGCAAACUCAUUCGUACCAUUCUCCAAGAUACACAAGCAGCGAGUCAAUUAG